UUAAUUUCUUUUUUCUCACAAAAUCCAAAACCCAAAACACUAUACAUAUUUCACAACUGGAUGUACAAGUUCCUAAUAAAUGAAUAACCUGGAUCUAGUAAUUAAACCUCUGGAAGAAAAUAAUAUCUUCUUUUAUGCUCACAAACACGGUAGAUACCCUCUUUAUCAAACAAUCAAAACCAAAAUAUUUUCUCUAAAUUCAUAGUUUUAUUGUUUGAUCUUUCAAAGUAUGGCUUACUAUGAUGAUGGGUACAUUUGGGCUCAAGAACACACCACUUUUUUUCCUGUAGCUCACCAAGAUCCAGUAAGUUUUUCUAAUUAUGAAACUUAUGGUUAUGUAGAUACUAAUUAUGAUGCAUCCAAUGUUUGUGUGUUUAAUGAGGCAAAAUCCAUAGAUCAUGGUUAUGAAUAUGAUUAUAGUUAUAGUGAUACUUAUGAUUAUGAUAAGGGUUAUGAUUAUGGUGAUUGUCAUGAUUGGUAUUCAUCUCCUAAUACUGACAUCAAUUACUUGGCACAAAACUAUAUGGAGCCUAAGUUAAUUGCGUACGAACCGGUUGAGUGUGAUACGGGCUAUGUCUCGUAUCAUACACAACAUUCGAUAUCGUACUCAAAAGUGGAUCCGGGGUUUAACGAACCUGAAUUUGAGGAGUACGAUCCAACCCCAUAUGACGGUGGAUAUGAUAUUGUAAGUGCGUAUGGAAAGCCCCUUCCACCCUCGGAUAAAACAUGUUAUCCACGUUCCAAACCCAAACCUGUUGCGCCUAGGCCCACGCCUAACUCUGAGUCUCUACCUAACACCAAGGCCAGUCCUAAGCCUGAGCCUGAGCCUAAGCAUAUGCCUAUUGCUACUCCUAUCCCUCUUCCCAAGCCCGAGCCUAAGCCUGAGCUUGAGCCUGAGCCUGAGCCUGAGCUUGUGCAUGCUUUGGUUCCUGUGCCUGAGCCAUUAGAGUUGAAUGAGGUUGGAGAAAGGGAAAAGAAAGAAUACAAUUAUCCUGGCUAUGGAUAUGAUUAUCCCUGGCCAGAAUAUGACAAUGCACAUGCAAUUGGAGCGGGGUACGAUUAUGGAUAUGGGAAACAAGUGGUUCAAAUUCCUCCAUGUGAAUACAGUCCAGAAGUUGUGGACUUUUGUGAAAGCAUUUUUGGAAGCUGGCCUUGUUUGGCUCGGAUUAGAAAGCAACAAAUGGGCGUUGUUAAUAACUCCCAAAUGAGUACUCCAGAAAUUGGGCAACGUAAUCCAUGGGAAGAAUGUGCUAGUUACUUCUUCGGACGCCCAAUAGCAUCUUACAAUGUAUAGGACUAUGGUAAUCGAUAUGUUAGUAAUUGUGAUUGUAUGUGUAAUAUUGCAUAUUCUUUUGUACCACUUUUUGGCCUUUUAUGAUUCAAAUAAUUGUUCAAUCAUCUCAA